UCCAUUGGCUGCAGGCUUAGUAAAUUUCAGACGGUGUAGUCCAAUGGCAAGAGAGGGAGAGAGACAGCGUGUGUGUGUGUGGUGUGUGUGUGUGUGAGAGAGAGAGAGAGAGAGAGAGAGAGAGAGUCGGGGUUUCUCUAUCACUAAUCUUGUCCUCGCGACACUCUCCUUCUAUGAGAGCAAUUAGAUUCAGCUGCGUUUCUUCUGGAGCCUCUGCAGUGACUCACUGAAACCUCUUAUCCGUUGCAAUGUAAACCCGCAUCUUUACUGGCUGCCACGCAAAACAACGCACGCACUCACGCACGCACACACACGCCGAACGGUUGGACCCGGACGCACACUUGGGGCUGCCCGUCGGCGCAUCGCUGGAACUUGGGAUUUGCUGAGGGGCAGCGGCAGCGGCAGCGGCAGCAGACUGGACUGUGGACUUUACUGCGUUGGGUUUUUUUCGCCUCCUUUUUUUCUUUGUGUUGCGUACAUUUGUCUGAAGUCUGGACUUGAAUGAAUUAACAAACAGCAGUGGGACAGGACAGGACAGGACAGGACAGGAGGAGGAAUCAGGCUGCGAAAGAUUUUCCUAUCAAGUUGCAGACCAGGAGACCAGACCCUCUUCUGCUGUGGCUAAAAGUGGAAUAAAGCAGCCACAGUAAGUCUUCAUUCAGGCUCUCAGAAUGGGGAGCUCCGAGAAAGCCAUUUGGCUGAAGUGAAGCAGGAGGGAGCACCAACUCAGUAGAAGAAGGGGUCGGGGGGAGGGCCAAGUUGAGGAUUCCUGGUUGGACCAUCACCACAGCCUGCCUGGUUCAGGCUCGGCACAGUAGGAGUAUGUCGGUCUUAAGAGCCCAGUCAUGGAUGCCUCGCUCCACUACCAGGGCCAGCUUCCUGCUGUGGGUGGGGCUGACGUCCAUCUACGUGGCCCCAGUCCAGGGCCAGCAGCACCCAGUGGUCACUACCAACUAUGGGAAAUUGCGAGGUGUGAAGGUUACUUUACCUAACGAGAUCCUGGGACCUGUGGAGCAGUAUUUGGGAAUCCCGUAUGCUUUGCCACCAACAGGAGAGCGUAGGUUCCAGGCCCCAGAGCCACCCUUGUCCUGGCCGGGCAUCAGGAACGCCACUCAGUUUGCUCCAGUUUGUCCCCAGUUCUUGGAGGACCGCUUUUUACUCAACGACAUGCUCCCCGUGUGGUUCACUGCCAACCUGGAUACACUGGUAACCUACGUGCAGGAGCAGAGUGAGGACUGCCUCUACAUGAACAUCUACGUCCCCACUGAAGACGAUAUACAUGACGAAAAUGGGUUGAAACCAGUCAUGGUUUACAUCCAUGGAGGCUCUUUCAUGGAAGGAACGGGCAACAUGAUUGACGGCAGCAUCCUGGCCAGCUACGGGAACGUCAUCGUCAUCACUAUCAACUAUCGGCUCGGUGUUCUGGGGUUCCUGAGCACAGGAGACCAGGCUGCCAAGGGCAACUACGGUCUGCUGGAUCAAAUCCAUGCCCUCAGAUGGAUCAAGGAGAACAUCCAGGCUUUCAAAGGAGACCCGAAGAGAGUGACCAUAUUUGGCUCUGGAGCUGGAGCAUCGUGCGUCAGCUUGCUGACCCUGUCGCACUACUCUGAAGAUCUCUUCCAGAAAGCCAUUAUCCAGAGUGGAACAGCAUUGUCCAGCUGGGCCGUCAACUACCAGCCUGCCAAGUACACUAGAGUCCUGGCUGAAAAAGUGGGCUGCAACAUGGUGGACACAACCGACUUGGUGGAGUGUCUGCAGAACAAGAACUACAAGGAGCUAAUAGAGCAGUACGUCACUCCGGCCAAGUACCACAUCGCAUUCGGACCUGUGAUUGAUGGAGACGUGAUUCCGGAUGACCCUCAGAUCCUAAUGGAGCAGGGGGAGUUCCUCAACUAUGACAUCAUGCUAGGGGUCAACCAAGGGGAAGGAUUUAAGUUUGUGGACGGCAUUGUUGACAGCGAAGACGGUGUCUCUGCCAAUGAUUUUGACUUUGCUGUGUCAGACUUUGUGGACCACCUGUAUGGAUAUCCUGAGGGCAAAGACACUCUACGUGAGACCAUCAAGUUCAUGUACACGGACUGGGCUGACAAGGAGAACCCAGAGACCCGACGCAAAACCUUGGUGGCUCUGUUCACCGAUCACCAGUGGGUCGCGCCAGCAGUGGCAACGGCAGAUCUCCACGCCCAGUACGGGUCACCCACUUAUUUCUACGCUUUCUACCACCAUUGUCAGAGCGACAUGAAGCCCAGCUGGGCCGACUCAGCCCAUGGAGACGAGGUACCCUACGUGUUUGGAAUUCCUAUGAUUGGCCCCACAGACCUUUUUAACUGCAACUUCUCCAAGAACGACGUGAUGCUGAGUGCGGUUGUCAUGACCUACUGGACUAACUUUGCCAAAACAGGGGAUCCAAACCAGCCGGUACCACAGGACACAAAGUUCAUCCACACAAAGCCCAACAGGUUUGAGGAAGUAGCCUGGACCAAGUACAACCCUAAAGACCAGCUAUAUCUCCACAUUGGCCUCAAGCCUCGAGUCCGAGACCACUACAGGGCAACCAAGGUGGCCUUUUGGUUGGAACUGGUACCGCAUCUGCACAACAUAAAUGAAUUCUUUCAAUAUGUGUCGACGACGACCAAAAUACCUCCCCAAGACACCACGCCCUACCCUUAUACCAAACGGUUCCCGGGCAAAAACACCUGGCCAUCCACCACCCGCCACCCUGGGGUCCCUCCCGCCAACACCAAGCAAACCACUGACCAACGUAAGAGCGACGAUUUGAUUGACGAGUCCACAGUGUUGAUCGAGACCAAGAGGGACUACUCCACCGAGCUCAGCGUCACCAUUGCCGUGGGGGCCUCUCUCCUCUUCCUCAACAUCUUAGCCUUCGCUGCGCUCUACUACAAAAAGGACAAACGGCGGCACGAGACAAACCGGCGUGUUCCCACCCCACAGCGCAACUCUGCCCCCAGCAACACCCCGUCCACGGCCAACGACGUGGCCCACCUGCAGAGUGAGGAGCUAAUGUCGCUGCAGAUGAAGCAGCAGCAGCUGGAGCACGAGCACCAUCACGAGUGCGAGGCGCUGCAGGCCCAUGACACGCUGCGUCUGGCCUGCCCGCCCGACUACACUCUCACACUGCGCCGCUCGCCGGACGACAUACCGCUUAUGACGCCUAGCACCAUCACCAUGAUCCCUAACUCGCUGGCUGGUAUGCAGCCUCUGCACAACUUCAACACAUUUGGUGGCAGCCAGAACAGUACCAACAUUCCCCACGGCCACUCUACCACGCGGGUAUAGUUUUGCACGGCCAUGGAUUUUGAAAAAUAUCCACAGCAGUGAGUAAGCCACUGACUGUGUGUGGGGGACAGACUCUAGCCUCUGCAAAUGCUAUUUUGCUACUAUGCCUUCUCGGAAAAAACUAACAAUAUUUAAAGUGAAUGUUAAUGUUAUUAAAAAAACAAAACUUUGGAGCUAAGUUUCUUGAAAGGUUUUCAAGGAAAUUUACCAAAUCUAAAGGCAACCAGGGGAGAACUGUUGCAAAAAAACAAACAAAAAAAAGCAUUCAACAGUGUCCGUUUGCAUUAAAUACACAACAGGGCAACAGUUCACGAAAAAAGCAACAAAUGAUCAUGUGCAACGUCAUUGUUUUACGUAUCAGACACCAGACAUGGGCACACAAACUCUUCACCCCGGCCUGAAAUGUAUAUAUGAGAAGUUUGUACAGUUAAAUAACAUAAAAAUGAGAUUAAUUUAAACCUAAAAAGAAAAUACAAAAAGUAUAUAGUCGUGUGUGUGUGUUGAAAUUUCAAGAAUAUUUUAAAUGAUAAAAUGUUGUUAAAAGUGCUUU